UUUAGAAGUUUCUCUGAGUUGUGAUACUCGCUUAGAAACCUAGGCGAUCAGCGAAAGAGCUGUGACCUACCAAUCCUGAAAAACGAUAUUGCCAAGAAUUAAAAACUUUCAAGGCAAUGAAUAUGGCGCCAGACAAACCGGAAGUAUUGUGCCGUGUUUGUGGAGACAAGGCCUCUGGUCGACACUAUGGAGUUCCUAGCUGUGAUGGGUGUCGAGGAUUCUUCAAACGCAGUAUACGUCGAAAUUUAGAAUACUCUUGCAAAGAACAAGGCCGCUGCGUAGUGGACGUUGCUCGUAGAAACCAGUGCCAGGCCUGUCGACUGAAAAAAUGCCUCAGUGUCUGUAUGCGGAAAGAAGCUGUGCAACAUGAACGUGCUUCUCGUUCGCAGCCGAGGCGUCGAUCAAGAUUAGUCAGCAGUUCAUCUGAAGCAACUCAAUGUUACGUUGGGGCGAACCAUUUACGACCUGCAGGCCAACAUGCUACAGUAAUAAAUAGCGUACCUUUGAGUGUCGGUCCUUUCUGCGGAUCCGAAGUGGGGGAUAUCAGAAGGCUAGCACCUACGAACACCCCAUUACUACACCACAUGAGCUCUGGUAUUAACAUGAAUGGGCCUGCAUCCUAUCGAAGAUCUGAAGACGAAAUAAUUCCUGACCACGGAAGGCCAGUAUGUGAUAUAAAGCCUGCAAGUCCAUCUCAAAUAAAAAAACCAUCCAGCGAAGAUUGCGCCUCCAGCGACGAUUCCAGAAAUUCGUCUCCUGCGGCACAGCCACGCACCAGUCCCACUUCUACUGUCCACCUUCCUGCUACCACUCCAGUUUAUAGAAGCAAUGUUCCUCCCUCAGAUAGCAUUUCUAGAUCAGCCUAUGUUACUAUAGAGCAUCCUAGAUGUGGUCCCAUUGGCAACAUUGCAGCACCGAAUGGCUUGCCAACCACAUUCUUAGGUCCCUUUCCACCAAAUCCAUUGGACACAAUAUAUGAAGCAGCCGCCAAACUGUUGUUUUUUUCAAUACGUUGGAUGAGAGGAAUCCCAUCUUUUCUACAGUUAGGUUUUCGAGAUCAGGCGAUCUUGUUAGAGGAGGCUUGGAGUGAUGUGUUCGUGCUGAGCGCUGCCCAGUGGGGAUUCCCAUUGCAGGAAGGUUUUCUAUCUUUUGCCGGGUUUGCACCUCCAGACAAACGUUCUUUAGUAGCUAUUCAAUUGCAUCAAAUGAAGACCGUGAUGUCACAAUUAAUGGCACAGCAAGUGGAUCAUACAGAGUUUUCUUGUCUUAAAGCGUUGGUGCUAUUUAGACCAGAAGCAAAUGGGUUGAGGGAUCCUCUUCAGGUAGAACACCUUCAGGACCAAACUCAACUCAUGUUGCAUGAGUACGUUUUGACAAAACAGCCGCCAUCUAAAGUGAGAUUUGGAAAAUUAUUGCUUAUCUUAUCACUCGCCAGAAAAGUCAGUGCUGCGGUCAUUGAAGAAGUUUUCUUUCGAAAGACCAUUGGAUCUGUGCCCAUCGAGAGACUCCUUUGUGAUAUGUUUCAAGCAGCAUAAAAAUUGAUAUAUUUUAUUUAACAUCAUAGAUCUGGUUAAGAUCGGAAAUCAAAAAAUAAAAUUUCCCGUAAUAACCUAUGUAUAUUGACAAAGAAAUCAUCAUUUCAGUAUGGCAAGCUUAAUUUCAUGAACAUUGAAAUUUUGUGCGAGAAUUUAAUUAAUUACAAUUAAUGUUGUGUAUACUUUAUUUUGACAGAUUCGAAACGAAGCUUGCUAAAAUUUUAAUUUUCACUUGAUAAAUAAACUGAGCUGAGAAACAAAAAUGAUUAAAAUAAAAUAUUUCUUUCAGUGUGACAGGCUUAAAAUAAAGAUCGAGUAUUUCAGAAAUUUUCAAAUAGUGAGUUUUGAGUGAAUUUUAAUAGAGUGACAAAAACUUAAAUCUUGUACUUCUCAGUCAGUAGGAUAAUUGUUAAAUUAAAUUAACAAAAAUACAUUUUUAAAUUAACACAAAUAAAUUAAAAUUGUCUCUGAUAAUUUGGGAGUAUAGUUAAGUGUUCUUAUUCAAACUUAAUUCAGACGAUUAUAAUUAGCUCAGGUUACAUUUACUAAAAUGAAAAUCUUAUUAAUAUUUCAAAUACAAAAUGUUUUACUGAAAGAAGACUUCUAAUACUGUAUUCGACUGAAAUACCAUACUUCGAAUUUAAAUUUCGUACUUAAAUACGAAGUGCGACAAAUAAUUUGUAUUUAAAUAUCAUACUUCGAAUAUUUUUUUCCCUCUUUCGUGAGAAAUGUUUUUAUCAAGCUUAACUUAAAUUACUAAACUGUGUCUGAUUUACGAACAAUUUUUAACAGUCAAACAGCCAGUAAAUAUUAUAUAUACCAGCGAAUGAAGUAUUCAGAAGAAAAGUGAAGUAAUAAGUUCAAAUCUUCAGUAACAUUAAAGUUACUGAUUACUUAACUUGAAAUAUACAUAAAUUUCUAAACAGGUUUAAUUUUGUCUUUGAUUCGAAGUCCAGUAAGUUUUUUAACAAGAAGAAAUAUUAAAAUAUUAUAUGUUAUAAAUUUAUAAAAAGAGAAAAAAAAAAAAAAAAAAAAAAAAAAGAAAGAGAGAAAUUCCACUGUCACUGAGAUUGUAAUUUGUUUAAUUUGAGUAAUUUUAAAUUCUCCAGGUCUAUGAAGUUAUUUCAUGCAAGAGUAACAGGAAAUAUAUAUAAUUUUCAAGAGUUCUUAAUUCAGAAGAAUUACAUUCUGCAUAUGUGUAUGUACAUAUAUAUAAUAUACCUAUUUACUGAAAUGUAUAAAAAUCUUGUAUUAUAGGAUUUAUAUAUGCUGUUAUGUUAUAUUUCGAAUUGCUCUCUUUGAACUAUUUUCAUCCCACCGAUGAACUUUAUUUACAACACAAAUUUGAUUUAAUGCGUUCCAACUGCAAGUCUAGUCAAGUAAAGGUUAUAUAAUUUAUUUAAAAUUGACGUUUGAAUUAUAUAUAUAUAUAUAUAUAUAUAUAUUGAGAAACUGAUAUUAUGUGAUGUUAAAAUUCAUUAUCUGUAGUUUAUUUUGUUUGUAUAAAACCUAUUUCAAGUUGUGCCAUUUCACUUAUAAAAGAGAUAUCCUUCUCAAGUGUGAUUUUUAA